GGAAGAGCUAGGGGCUUAAAGGCAGCCAGGGAGUGAGGCCCAUUCAGCUGGAGGAAGGAGGCAGGCAGCUCCCAGCCCCUAGACAGAGCCCAGAGAGAUGGAGCAGAAGGAAGGGCAGCUCUGUGAAGACAGGGCCACUGUCUCUCCAACCACAGAGGCCCCAGAGACGUCGGGAGGUGGAGGCUCUACAGAGAAGGAGAGCAAAGAUGGUGGGAGGCAAAGCAGCAUAGAGGUAUCUCCAGAGGGGCCAGCGAAACAAGAAAGAGCUGGCAACAGCCUGGACACUGAAGGCCAGGCCCUAACACACAGGCCCGGGGAGGAGGACAAAGAGGAGAAGGGAGACUCCCCGGGGCCAGCUCAGCUGCACAAGGAGGAUGCCAGGAAGGGAGAGCCUACGGUGGAAGCUUGGGAGAUGACAGGAGAGACCAAAAGUGAAUCUACAAAGGCUGAGGGAAAAGACACCACAGAGGCUUCUGAGAAGCAGGAAGCUCAGGAGAAUAAAACUAAAUCAAAAUCUAAGGAGAAAGCCAGCAAGAAUGAGGAGGCCCAAGCUGUGACCAAGGAGGGUGAUGGGAAAGGGAAAAGCAUGAGGGCCUGCCUGGAGGAGAAUGCCAAGACAGAAGAGACCAAGGCUGAAGCCCAGGAGAAAGAUGGUGUCCCAGAAGCUAAGUCAGUCGCUCAGGAGGAGCCUGCUGGGGAGGAUCAGAUCAAGGCUAAGCCUCAGAAGGAAGGCUCAAAGGAGGAGGCAGAGUCAGCUGGUACCCAUGAGGAGGCUGUGACGAGAGAGUCAGAGGAAGGAGCAGGGGGGCUCCCCAGUUCCCCUGAGGGGUGGCCUGAGAGCCCCACAGAGGAGGGCUUCAGCCCAGAUGGCUUGAGUCCAGAAGAGAUGGCUGGUGAGGAGACCAGCCCUGCAACCAGCGAGCCUUCAGCCGGCUGCGAAGAGCCCCCGAGCCCAGCGGAGCCCCCUCCGGAGAAGAAGAAGGAGAGACACCCCGAGCGCAGGGGGGUCGCCUCGGCCCGGCCCCGCGGGCCCCGCGCCCAGAACCGCAAAGCCAUCGUGGACAAGUUUGGCGGGGCAGCCUCCGGGCCCACCGCGUUGUUCCGGAACCCCAAGGCGGCGGGGGUGGCCAUCGGGGGGGUCAAAAGCAUGCUGCUGGAGUGGUGCCGGGCCAUGACCAGGAACUACGAGGCUGGCCUGCAGCACGUGGACAUCCAGAACUUCUCCUCGAGCUGGAGCAGCGGCAUGGCCUUCUGCGCCCUCAUCCACAAGUUCUUCCCCGACGCCUUCGACUACGUGGCGCUGGACCCCAAGCAGAGGCGCCACAACUUCACUCUGGCCUUCUCCACCGCAGAGAAGCUGGCUGACUGUGCUCAGCUGCUGGAGGUGGAUGACAUGGUCCGCCUGUCGGUGCCAGACUCCAAGUGUGUCUACACCUACAUCCAGGAGCUCUACCGCUGCCUGGUACAGAAGGGGCUGGUGAAGACCAAGAAGAAAUGAGGCGGCUGGCCAGCCAGGCAUCCCUGGCCCUGUGACUCACUUCCCGGCCAGUGGACAUCAGUCUUAACUGCAUUAAAAAUCGUGUUUUUUUAAA